CUCCACUCCAGCUGGCGGGCGCUCCAGGUCUGUCCACGACACAUUUUCGGGAAGCCAGAAUCUCUCACUCCAAAUCCAGGCUGAGAUAAAGGAAGUCAUCGGGGAGCAGAAAACGCAGAUAAGCAAAUGGAUCAGAAAGAGCUGAGUGAUCCACUCAACAGCGUUUCAUUGAUUAAAGAUGAUCUGACCAAGUCCAACAUGGGUUCUUCUGGUGAAUCCGAGAAAAUGAUUCAGCGCUUGAAUGAUGAACUUCGAGAGGCCCGGGAGAUAGCCAACACAGAGAAGCAGAAAUGCAUCGAGCUACAAGGUGUUCUGGAAGAAGAGAGGAAAGGGCAUAAACAACAAGCUGAGCAAUCUUCCAAACAAAUUAAACAUCUCCAAGGCCAGCUGCAACAGCUCCAAGAUGAGGUGGAUGUUCUAAGAGAGCAGAUAAAUGUCUCCUCCGGGUCACGUGACGAGCUGCAAAAAGCACAAGAUGAGAUGAGGUCACUGAAACGGGCCCUGGAGGCGGCUUCUGCAGAGCGGGACCGCGAUGUCACUGCCGUCCAGUCUAACCUGGCAACUGCUUCCAAGGACCUGGACAAGUGGCGUCAGACUGCCAGCAAAUACGAGCGGGAGGUUGAGGAGCUGCGACAUGAUCUGGAGCAACAAAGCAAGCAGUGGCAGAAAACAGCUGAAAUACAAGCCAAUGAGCUGCAGUCUAUGCAGUUGGAGUGUAACGGUCUGCAGAAAGAGUGCUCCGUCCUGCGAUCCGACAAACAGGACAUGGUGAAUAAGCAUCAGAAAGAAAAGAACAGUCUGCAAAGUGAGUGUGCCUCUCUGAGGGCAGAGAAGGAGGAGAUCUUUAAGGCUCACCAGAAAGAAAAGGCCAGUGUGCAAAGUCAAUGUGCAGCACUGCGCAGUGAAAAAGAGGCGUUGCUGCAGAAACAGCAGCAACUGGAGCAGGACCUUGUCAGUUUGCGUGGCCAGAAUACUGACCUGAAUAGCAAACUCAAAGUCCUGGAGGAAUCUCAGCAGGAGUUGGAGAAGAACCUGGUGGCCGUACAACUUCAGCACCAGCAGGAUAAAUCCAAGCUGCAAACCCAGCUGGACGAGGCAGAAAGCCGCAGCAAGGCUCUGCAGAAAGAGUAUGAGGAGGCUCAAAUGGAGCUGUCUGACCUAAAGGAAAGAUACGAGAAGACCGAGCAGGAGAAACAGACACUGACAGACCAACUGGAGGAAUUCAAAGCUGGCAUGAAGGAUUUACAGGAGAAAGGAUCAAAUAAGUCGUGGAUGAUCUGGGGCCCAGUGGUUGCUGUGGCUCUCACAGCUGUGACGGCCGCGGUGCUCUUCAGGACCUGAGGGCAAACUAUCCAAACAAACACACAUAGAGGUUUAUCCUUAUUUGAUUUGUUCAAAACUUGUCCCCUUUACAUAUCUGUUCCAGUAAUCAGGUGGGCUCAUAUUUAACAGUUUUUCUUGCUAAGAUGCUCUAUUUUAGAUGGCAGAGAUGUUUCUAAAAGAAUGUGCGUUUUUAUGUGUGUAAUGAUGGGAAUUUAUUUGGACUGUGUCAAGUUCACCAUUUUGACUCAUAGGAUUAUCUGUUAAUGAAUGUAAAACUUAAACCAUGCUCAUCUAAUUCUACUUAGGUAACUUUAAUUAUAUUUAAGGUCAAUCACUUUGAGUUUCUCUACUCAGCAAAUUUUUUGUUAUUGUUAGAAUAAUAAAGUUGUCACGAUAACAUCCCCUAAUGGAGUGCACACUGAAGGAAACUGAUAGAACAGUAUGUUGGUUGAUGGUGUUGGAUGUGCUUGCAGAACCAGAGGCAGUGUUAAGACAAACCGUAUUUGGUUACAUUUUUUGUUUCAGAGGUCAUCAUUAAACACAACUGCAGCAA